CCACAGUUGAGUUUUUGCACGCGACGGGAGCGGCUGCUGUUCGACAAAGAUGCGACACGCUUCGCUGCUCAAGUGGAAUGCCAACGAGCCGAUGACGCACUGCAGCACCGCCUCGACAGGCAGCUACGCAUCGUCGCUGCCUCUGCCUCUGCCUCUGCUGCUGCUGUUCAUGUUGCCGCUGCCAGCUGUUGUGGUUGGAGCUGAGAGCUCCUGCCUCAUACGGGCCACGCUCUAUGUAACGCCGCCGGAGCAGCGCAGCGUGCAGGAUUUUGGUCUGCCACUGGACAUUGACUGCGCUGGGAAUGGCAGCGCCACUGGUGGAGCCGUAUUUGAUCUGGGCGCGCAGCGUGUGGCUGGCAAACUGCAUGUGCGCCUCAAUGGCAGCCAAACGCCGCCGCUGGCCGACGUGGUCGGCUAUGGCCUGGCCUAUCUUCACAAUUGUGCGCAGCUGGAGAGCGUUGAGAUCGAGCGCUUUGUGCUGGAAGCUAGCCUGCCCUUAAGCUGCGGAACGGAACAGGAGGAGGAGCAGGAGCAGGAGCUGGAACGACUGCGUGUUGUUGCCCUGCGCCACAAUGAGCUGGGCACGCUCAGUGGCAACAGCUUCGCAUUGCUGCCGCACCUGCAGCAACUGUUGCUGGAGGACAACUCGCUACGGCUGCUCGAGCCGCUCGAGGGAUGUCGAGAGCUGCAGGAGUUGAGCAUACGACGCGAGCGUCAGCUGGCGCUGCGGCAAGCGGAGCUACUGGAGCAGCUGGAGCAACUGCAGCGCCUGGAGCUGACACAGCUGAAGCUGGUGAGGCGUGAGUUCCUGGAGGCGCUGCCUGGUCAGCUGACCGAACUGCUGGUGCAGCAGACGCUGGUCGAACCCCGACAUCUUCGCCUCGGCAAUGGCACGGAGCAGCUGCUCCGCCUCAGCCUGGUCGAGUGUGAGCUGAGCAGCUUCGCACUUGAUGCCUCCAUAGGCUCCAAGCUGCAGCAGCUCAACUUGAGUGGAAAUGCGCUGAGAGAGCUGCAGUUGUCGAACAGCUCGCUCAUCAGCCUCGAUCUCAGCGCGAAUCACCUGCGGAGCUUGAACAGCACUUGGUUUGCCCAGCUCCAGCAUUUGCAGACUCUGCAGCUGCAGCGGAAUCAGCUGCAUAGCCUUUCGUGGCCGCAGGUGCUGCAGCUAGCUCCUGGGAGUCUAACCCGGCUAGACCUGAGCUCCAAUGAGCUGGUGCGCCUGGAGCAGACAGAGCACGCGGCCUGGGAGCAGGUGCAGCAACUGCACAUACACAUCGACGAUAAUCCGUGGAGCUGCCAGUGGCUGCUCAACUUCUCGCAUGACCAGCCGCAGCUGUUUCGCCUGUUCCGCUAUGCCAAGUACAUAUCCCUCAUCAACGUGAAUGGGCUGAGCUGCAAGCCGCAGCUGGAGAAGGAGAAGGAGAAGGGGAAGGAGGCAGUGGAGCCAAGCACUCCACGGAACAAAACUGAGGGCAACUGGUCCGUUAGCCACGGCCAGUUGAAUGUCUCCAGUCACACGGUGCUCUACGGCAAUCCCUUGCAGCAGUCGCACAGCCAACGCUCGGAGGCACUCGUCAUAGUCUUCAUGCUGCCGCUGGGCAUUGCGCUGCUCUUCCUGCUCCUGUACCUCUAUCUGCACUGCGAGCGCAUGUUCCAUUGGUCAUACUACUCCGGCGGACUGUCCUGCUUCGGCGGCGGCAAGGCCUCGAGCAACCAUCGCUUCGUGGAUCACAUCGACAUCGUGCGCUAUCCCAUCGCCAAUGGCAGCAGCAGCGCCAACGUGGCCGAGGACCUGGACCAGCCCAUAGCUCUGGCUGAUGGCUAUGAGACGCCAGUGAGCGGCUCCGCCUCCAUUUGCAACUGCGCUGGCCCACGGCAAUCCCACGGCAGUUGCUCGCGCACCCAUCACGUCACCUACGAGGCCAUGCCCACAGAUCUGCCCUAUCAGCUCUACACGGAGAUCAAGGAGCCGACGGACACCAACGAGGCGGAUGAAGCUCCUGUUGAACUGCCUGCGGCCUCAGCGCCCAUCUACGAGCACUUGGGUUUCGAGGAGGAGCAGCCAAUGGAGGUCUAGCUAUCAUCGUGUUUCAUGAAGCUUACAUAUGUAUUUCCCAUCUUGAUGGCUGAUGCACUAAGUGUCCAUAUGUGGGCCUUGGAUCGGCAAGAACUAUUAAGUUUGUACG